AUGUUCGUGAAUACAGUGGCAGAUAUCCCUCGUAUCAUUGAGACACUCUGUACAGCUCCACCGGCUAUUCAAAGAGCAGCAAUUGAAACCUACUUCACACCGACCGCAUCCUUCACACACCCUUUUUGUCGAACGGGGAGCUUUCCUGGCUCAAUAUGGCUCAUAAUAAUGAUUUAUCGCUGGUACAAAAUCCUCAGUCCCCACAUUGAUGUUGCCGUUGACGGAGUUGCAUACGACGAAAGACACCUGCGUCUAUAUGUCUCUAUUCAUCAGAACUUUAAGCUCUGGGUGGUCCCUUUCUACAAUGCUCCAGUCAAACUCGUCACUGUCCUCCAGUUGACCACCGAUCCUAGUCCAGUACCGCCUGAACCUAAAGAGGCCAUCACCAUGACCGAACUCGACAAUGAGAGAGACGCGCCAGGCUCUGCCAGUGUCAAUUUUCGCAAAGAGACCGACGUCGACAGCGACGAAGUCAAGUACUACAUUCAGUCGCAGAACGACCUGUAUCAGAGUACAGAAUUCAUCAAAUUCCUUGUGCCCUGGGGGAUCGGGGUGUUUUUGGUUAUUACCUGGCAGUUCUGCGCAACAGUGCUCUGUGUGAUUGGUGCAAAGUCCUAUGAUUUCUUGCUCUGGGUGCCGCAGAAGCUCUACCGCCAGAACAUUGAGGUUUUUGAUAACGACGAGAAAGCACACCCACAUCUCGGAGCCGAUUGA